GGCGAGGCGAGAGAAGGAAAGCAAGGAAGAAAAAAAAAUUUACGAGAUCUCGAGGCCCCGAAUACGACACACCGACGACGACGAUCACCUGAGGUCCCGUUGCACAAUCCUCACGUCGCUGCAUCGUCGUAUCGUCACCCCGACCUCCCCAGGCAACCCGCCCGCCAGUUAACCCCGAGACCCAUCGACUUGACGCGCGCGUUCCGACACGGACCUGGCCAUUGAAGUAGACAUAACCCCAGGCUUUAGGCCGGCCGCCCACCAUGCCCGAAGGCGAAAUGUCCGCCGUGGCGCAGGGUGCUGGGACUAGCUCGAGUGAUUUCGUCCGAAAGCUAUACAAGAUGCUCGAGGACCCGGCUUACAGUGAGGUGGUGAGGUGGGGCAACGAAGGCGAUAGCUUUGUCGUCCUCGAGAACGAGAAAUUCACAAAGACGAUAUUGCCGAAACAUUUCAAGCACAGCAACUUCGCGAGCUUCGUCCGACAACUUAAUAAAUACGAUUUUCACAAGGUCCGGCAUAACGAGGAAAACGGGCAAUCUCCCUAUGGCGCAUCUGCGUGGGAGUUUAGGCAUCCCGAGUUUCGAGCCGAUAGGAAGGAUAACCUCGACAAUAUCCGACGAAAGGCCCCGGCCCCGCGGAAAGCUCCAGUGGCGGAAGAACAGUUUGGCGUUCCUAAUCAGCAGGUCCUCGUCCUCAGCGAGACCCUAGCCGCGACACAGCAACAGGUGCAGCAGCUCCAAGAAUCGUACCACGAGAUUGUAAACGCGAAUAAGAUCUUCGUAGAUGAAAUCAUCCAUCUCCAGAAGCUCGUCCGCGCACAGUGCCAGGUGCAUCACGAACUGAUCAACCACCUGAACAAGGUCGAGCAGGAGAGGAAGGAAGGGCGGAACUCGGGGCAUUCGUCGUCCACGUAUGGCGCCAGCAAUACCGCCCUCUUGUCCGACGGCUCCGAAUCUCCUCUCGAACUCCGCCGUGCUCGCGACAUCCUCAACAGCCUCACCGUAGAUCACGUCGCCGACCGAGACCUGAACCGGAUGUCGGUUCAGUUACACCAAGCCGGCGGCUCCCCCGAGUCGGCAGGGUCGUCCGGCAUGAUGGGGCCGCCCGGCGUGGGCGGCGUCAAUCCGUUCUUGCAUGACCCUCUCAAUGAUAUGCGGCACAUGGUGUAUCCCGUUGGUCAGACCAUCGGAAUCGAUCCCUUCGCCGCGGAGCACAUCAACAACCUCCCGUACAACCGCCCCGUGCAGGACAACGCGAUGGGUCCUAGCCAGGAGUUCAACGGAACCGGAAUACCCUCUCACACCCCACCGGGAACAUCGUCACAAGGUGGCUCGCCGUGGGGUUCGAAAAAACCUAUUGUCCUUCUGGUGGAAGACGACAGAACGUGUUCUCGAAUCGGCUCCAAGUUCCUCGCUCAGUAUGAUUGUGGCGUCGAGGUCGCGCGCGACGGUUUGGAAGCCGUGAGCAAGGUCAAUGCGAAGCAGCAUUACUAUGACCUGAUCUUCAUGGAUAUUGUGAUGCCCCAGCUUGACGGUGUCUCGGCAACGGCUAUGAUCCGCGAAGUGCAGCCGAGCACACCGAUCAUUGCCAUGACGUCCAACAUCAACCAACAGGAUCUAGAGAUGUAUUUCCACUGGGGUAUGCGAGACGUGCUGGCCAAACCUUUUACAAAGGAGGGAAUGAUCGGCAAGUUAAGAAAACACCUCGCCAACUUCCUGCGGAACCCGCCGGCAGACAGCAUGAUGGAAUCCAUGUAUUCGAACGGAGCGACAGCUCAACCGCCGACGCCGGGUCCGUAUUCCAACCAGGGAAUGGGGAUAGCGCCACUCUCGGCUUCGUCAACCGGUCCCGUCGCGAAGUUUGAUACUACGCCGAUACAGUCGCCAGCCACGAGUGCCUCGUGGCACUCUCCUAGCCAGAUGCCGCACGCUUCGCCGACGAUGGGCCAGGACCAGGGGUACCUAGGCGCGGGAAGCGGCUCGCAGAUGGUGCUCACGCCGGGCGGGACCCAAAAGCCGCAAUACGCAAAUGCCAUGAUCCCGCAGAUGGGCGUGCCUCCCCAACAACGGAUGCCGGACGGCAUGCAACGCUCGGAAGGGCCGCCAGAGAAACGACAACGACUCUACACGUCGCAGGCGAACUACAACCAAUAGUCGCAUUGCCCGACUGCCAUCGACAUCUCGAUUCCAUCUUGUAUAUAUUGCCGGCAGAUUUGGGCGGUCGUUUCGACACAUGGGAGC